CAGCACAGCACCUUCUCUUGGCACAGGGAGCACAGGGAGCCCUGCACCAUGAGCUUCACUGGCAAGUAUGAGCUCCAGUCCCAGGAGAACUUUGAGCCUUUCAUGAAAGCCAUUGGACUUCCUGAUGACCAGAUCCAGAAGGGCAAGGACAUCAAGAGUACCUCAGAGAUUGUGCAGGAUGGGAACAAGUUCAAGUUUUCUGUGACCACUGGCUCCAAGGUGAUAACAAACGAAUUUACCAUCGGGGAGGAGUUUGAGUUUACACUUCCAACAGGACAGAAAGCCAAGGCUGUUUUUCAGCUGGAGGGGGACAACAAACUGGUGGGAACCAUGCAAGGGAUGAAGUAUGUCAACGAGCUGAAAGGAGACAUCAUGACCAGUGUUCUUACCAUGGGUGACAUCGUCUACAAGAGGGUCAAUAAGAGAAUCUAGAAGCUGUGCACACAGCAGCCACCUCUCUGUGUAAAAUGUGUCCAUUAAAGUCAACUUUGUA